AUGUACGAACCACAUCAUCAUCAUCAUCAUCCUCUACAAUCGAAUGGAAAUGAAGAUAAUACAUUGAUAAAAGAGACAAUACUCGAACAUGAUAUAUCUCCUAGAAAUUCAAGAGCAACAAUACAUUGGAGAUCUGAUCUAGAAGGUGAUAUGAAUAUCAAACAACCAAUCAAUACAGACACAGAACACUUUGAUGCAUUAUUUGCACGUUCGAAUGCUUCACCACCUUUACCACCACCCCAUCCACGUUGUUAUAGUUCAUGUUCACCUUCGACUGUACCAUUUCAAAUAUUUAAUGAUAAUUCCGUACAUACUUAUGCAAAAUCUCAACCACAUUUAAUAUCAUCAUCUUCUCAUUCAACUAAACAAAAUGAUAAUCGUCGACAAUCUAUUGUAUCAUCAAAUAAAAGUCAACAAUCAAAUUCAACAUUAUCAUCAAAUUCUGCUCAAAUGAAACGAAAAACAUUUUUUUUAACUCAUGUUGCACAAGCAUUUCUUCCAACAUCACAUUCACAAUGCGAACAGUUGGAACCAUUAGCACGAUCAUGUUCUUAUAAACGUCCUCAAUCAAUAAAAAAAUAUCGACAACAAAAGAAAGGAAAAGAAAAAGAAAAAGAAAAAGAAAAAGAAAAAGAGAAAGAACAGAAAGAAUAUAUUUCUACGCGCAGAUAUAGCACAUAUAACAAUAACAAUCUUCACACAGUCGCUUUCUAUUCUGGUCGCAAAUCGAUUCCUGGUACAUCAUCAAGAAUUUCUGCAACUGAUCUAAUGGCAACUGAUGAUCAAUGGUCAAGUCCCAAAACACAUCGAUCAGAACGAAUUGGUUCUUUACCACUUGAUCAAUUACAAUUACCUCAUGAUGGUGAUGAAGAAAUUUAUCGUGUAAGACAAUUUAAUACAACAUCAAAAGGUUUUGUUAAUCGCGGUGAUUCAUUUAAACGUUCAUUUAAACGAAGUGGUUCAAUAAGUCGUCGAGGUUCAAUUCGUAAAGGUGAACGUACACCAUCACAAGAACAUGUUAAUGAUUCAAUAUUAUUAAAUAAUGAAAUACGUACAAGUAAUAAUUCAUUAACAAAUUCUAAAACAACACCAGUUGGACCUAAUCUUAAUGGUAUACUUGAUAAUAAUUAUAAUGAUUUAACUAUUGAAAAUAUUUCAUCAUCACAAAUAAUUAAUAAUGAAAAUAAUAAUAAUAAUGAUGAAGAUGAUAAUCCUCCACAUGUUGAACGUAUUGAAACAGAAGAUGGUCGUUUACAAGAUAUACGUGUUUAUCAAGUUUAUUUACUUGGUAUGAGUGGAACAGGAAAAUGUUCACUUAUAAGACAAUUUAAAACAACUGAAUAUCGAGGAACUUAUGAUUAUUCAAGUUCAGUCGAAGAUGAUCCUGACAAUACAGUUUCAAUAAUGCUUGAUGGUAUUGAAUCUCGUUUACAUAUAAUAAAUAUUGAUGUUGAUCUUAUCAAAUGUAGUGUUACUGGUGAUGCAUAUGUAGUUGUAUAUUCAAUAACUGAUCGUCAAUCAUUUCAAACAGCAAUUCAAUUAAUAAAAAAUAUUCGUGAAAAAGAAUUAUCAAAGAAUGAAACAUCUAUAAAACGUUAUAUGCCAAUUAUUUUAGUUGGAAAUAAAUCAGAUCUUGUAAGAAAACGUGCUGUAACAAAAGAAACUGCUCGUCAUGCAGCAUCUCGAUAUGAUUGUAAAUUUGUUGAAACAUCAGUAGCAAUUAAUGAUAAAGUUGAUGAUUUACUUGCUGGUACAUUAAAACAAAUUCGUAUAAGUGAACAACAACGACGUUUAAGUAUAGCAGAUGGUACAAUGAAUAUUGAUGAUAUUGAAGGAGAAAAAUUAACUGGUUCAUCACUACGAAAAAGUUCAACAACACAUAAUCAAAAUUCUAAAAAUAUUUUUUCUAAAUUUUUAAAUGUUUUUCGACGAAAACCAACAAGAUUACCAGUCGAUGUGGAAAAUUUAUAUACAGGUAUACGAUAA